AUGGCGAGAGUUUACUCAGGGGUGAUAGCGGUGUACAAACCGAGAGGCAUGGGGUCGGCCGCGGUCACGAAUACGAUCAAGAAGCUGCUUAAGAGCAAAGCACCUUUGGUGACAGCAUGCCUCAUGUACACACCCGCACUGUCCACAACAGAAUUUUCCGGGCCUGGACAAUGGAACAAAAAGAUCAAAGUGGGACACGGAGGUACACUGGACAGAGAGGCUCAGGGAGUCAUGGCUGUAGGUUCACAGCCAGUCAUCCAUAUAGGCAGAUCGCUGACUGUUCAACACAAUUAA